AACCGCGAAAAGACUACGCGGCCACGUCAAAGUGUACCUGCCCCGCUCCUCCCCUUCCCUUCCCUCUCCCCCGACGCAAACCGCGUCGUCUCCGACCACCGCCGCCGAAACUAACCCCCACCCGCCAUGGCGGAUCCGCCGCCCGUGGCCGCCUCCGCCUCGCCGCAGCCCGACCAGAUCGCCGCGGCCUCCGCAUCCACCCCGCAGAACCCCAACCCUAACCCCCUCCUCUCCCCUCAAAUCCCCCCGUCCCCAACCGUCUCCGAUCUCUCCGCGCACAUCUCCUCCCCGCAGCAGCUCGACCCGUCCGCGGCGGCUGCUUCCGGAGGCGGAUCCACGGACUUCCCGCCGCGGCCGCCGCAGCUGCAGGCGCCCUCGCCCACGCAGGCGGCGACCGGCGCCGGGGGCUUCGGCCACCAGAUCCAUCGCUCGGGGUCGGUCUCCCGCCUUUCUACCGCUAGCCAGCUCCCGCAGUACGCCGCGAUGGCGGCUAGGAUGUACGGCGGGCAGAUGAGCUUCUCGGGCGGCGGAGGGCAGGUGGGCCAGCAACAACAGCAGCAGCUGGCAGCGCGCGCGGCCAUGCUUGGGCAGGGCCAGUUGGGGAUGCUGCAAGGCCAGGGGAACGCGGCAUCUGCGACGCAUUUCGGGCUUCAGUCGCAGAUGAUGGUGCAGCCAAGGCAAAAGGGCAUGGUACAAGGUACACAACUUAAUACUUCUAAUGCAGCUCAAGCAUUGCAAGGGAUGCAGCCCAUGGGAGUCAUGGGUACUUUGGGGAUGAACCAGAUCAGACCGAAUGGUACUAUUCCCUAUGGUGCUCAACAACGGUUUGCCCAUGCGCAAAUGAGGCCACAGCAAGCAUCUCAGCAAGCGGCACUAUCUCCACAGAAGGUAGCUGCUCAAGGCUUGUCGAGAACAGCACCUAUUGCAGCAUUAAAUUCACAACUACCUGGAUCAUUGCAAAAUGGACAGAUGGUGGCCAUGUCUAUGCCUCAGCAACAGCAGCAUCAAUGGUUGAAGCAAAUGCAAUCAUCGAUGGCCUCACCAAUUUCUCCACAACAUCAAUAUCAGCAGCAACAGAGGUUGUUGUUGAUGCAGCAACUUCAGCAGAAGACAGGAUUGAGCCCACAACAGAUUGCACAAUUCCAACAACAGCAUCCACAUCUCAAUGCCCAACAGCUGAUGCAGCAGCAACAUUUUCUACAGCAGUUUCAGCAGCAGCAACCACAACAAUCUCCAAGGAUUUCAGCCUCUGGUUCACAGAAGUCUGCAAACCUUUCAGGAUCACAGCCGGGUACACCUUUGUCAGGUGGAACUAUGACUGGUGGAAGUGUAAGUCAGGGAGCGGAAGGAACUAGCCAACUUCUUGGGAAAAGAAAAAUACAAGAUCUGGUUGCGCAGGUGGAUCCCCAAGGCAAGGUUGACCCUGAUGUGGAAGACUUACUUUUAGAGAUUGCUGAUGAUUUCAUCGACUCGGUGACUGCAUUUGCUUGCACCUUGGCAAAGCACAGGAAAUCAUCAGUUGUGGAAGCCAAGGAUGUGUUGCUGCACUUAGAAAGAAAUUGGCAUUUGUCUGUUCCUGGUUUCUCAAGGGAGGACAAUAAUCCUCAAAAAAAUCCUGUAAAGCCAUUGGUGGAUCCCCAACAGCCGGAAAGUGAUGCUGCUGGUAUUAGAGGCACAAACAAUAAACUUAUUACUAAUAAUUCGGCUGGCAACCAUCAAAUAAGAUCUCAGGUUGCAGAGCCUUCACCGAUGCAGACAAUGGGCCCUCUGUCGAAAGUGCCUCGUUUCUAAGUGUUAUGCUGUUCUCUAUCGAAGGAAAUUCACUGACAUUCUACAUGCAACCCACCGGUAGGCUCUAACUCGAGGAUUGCUAGCAAAUGGAAGCACAACAAAUCCAUGAGCAUCUAUGGGUUAAAGGCAGAUGCUCGUGUGCUUACAGGAAAAGCAGUCGCUGACUAACCGAUUGUUAACCAGACUCAUGCAAGGUUACUUGUAACUUUACUUUUUUGUCUAUGUAGCUGCCCCCGUCCGUUGUAUAUAAAUGUUUUUGCAACUGGGGCAUUACCUUUCAAUUUUGAUGUCAAGGUGUAUUUGAGUGACUAUCCAGCCCAGAAGUUGCCUGUAAGCUGUAAGGCGUAAUGUCAUGCUUCGUCGGUUGUUACGGACAUUUGUUGAGCAAAUACGAGUGAGCAGUUCUGUCA